CCUUCCCCUGCAUCAUGCUUGCUCAGUCUGAUUCCUUGUCUCACUUGCGAAGAAAUCGCAGCUCAAUCUUCUGCAACUCUCCCUUCUUUCCCCUCGACGAAAUGAGUUUCCAUGGAAAUGACCCAAAUUCUUCUUUCGAACGCAACCUCCGCCAAGCUCUCUACAGCCUUCAAAACCACUGUUCUGGCCUUCUCCACACCCUCUCCCACCUUCCGCCCUUCAAUCCCCCUCUUCCGUUCAAAACCCACCUCCAAAACCAACCCAAACGGGCUCUUGACUCCGCAAUUUCACCCUCCGAUCCCGCCGCCAAGAAUCCACUUUGGGCUCGGGUUGCUGAAUCCGCGACGACCCAAUUCAGCCCUUCUGCCCGCCCUGCUGCUGCUGCCGCCCUGUCGACGGAAGCCAUCGAAGAGCGGCUCGCGGGUAUUCCUGUUUAUGCCCUUAGCAAUUCGGCUGAGGAAUUUGUGUUGGUUUCUGGUGCUUCCACUGCGAAAUCUCUGGGAUUGUUUUGCUUUAAGAAAGAGGACGCGGAAGCGCUUCUUCAGCAUGUUGGAAUGAUGGAUGCCUCGGCGCAGAAUGGGUCCAAAGUUGUGCCCGUUGCUUUGAAUAAAGUUUUUCAGCUCCAUGUUAAUGGGGUGACCUUCAGAUUGGUUCCGGAGUGCUCUCAGGUGAAAAACGCUCUGAGUGAAAGAAAAAAGGCUGGUAUUUCUGCUGAUGGAUUUUCUGGGGUUCCUGUUUUCCAGUCGAAAAGCUUGAUACUGAGGAGCCAAAACAAGAGCUACCGUCCUGCAUUUUUCAGAAAGGAGGAUUUAGAAAAAUCUCUCCAAAGAGCAUCUCGAGAACAAAAUCAAGUGAAUCCUGCCUUCCGACCGGGCGAUAUCCAGGUUGCUGGUUUUGAAGAAGUAAUAAAAGGAAUGAAGGAUAAUUCAAUUUCAACAUGGGAUGAUGUAGUCUUCAUUCCACCUGGAUUUGAUGUUUCAACUGACCCCAAAAAGCAACAACAAUAGGCAUUGAGACAGUAGCUGUUAAAUUUGUCUCAUCAUAUAAAGCUUAUAUGGAGGCAGUAGGUUACUUGAGGUUCCAAUGAUGGGAAGGAAAGAGGAGGGAUAUUUUUGUUACAUUUGAGCUGGAGAAGGGGAAGCCUAUACCAAUAAUUUAUAUCAUAAAAAUGUCAUAGCAUUCUGCAUCCUUUUCUUAUCCUUUCAACUUUUUAUAUUAUGCUGAGUUGUUCGUUCUGGUUUCGAUUUUGGAUCACUUCUCGCCAUUGUCGAUAAAUAGUGAGAAAUGUUUUUCUUAGUUGAUGGUUACAUUUAGGCUCUAUUUGUACCACCAUGUGUUGACUUGAUGGUUAUUAAACGAAAAAAAAGAAGUUAGGUUUAAAACUUCGAAA